ACAGAAAAGGUGAAUCGCAAAGAAGUAAGGUGUGAGAGUGUUGUCUGCAUUCGUGUUCAUGGUUUUAGCGUGGAAUAAGAUUGUUAUUUAUUCACUGGAAUUUAAUGAUAAGACGAAAUGUUGUUUGAAUGAAUAAAGGGAUGUUAUCAUCGAACUCGAGUGUGAAAUAUUCUUUUAAAAUUCGUUUGUGAAACUCAAGACUUUUUAUAAUAAAGGAUAUAUAUACCUGUGAGAAAUGAGUUGGGGAACGGAGCUUUGGGAUCAGUACGAUAGUUUAAGUCAUCACACACAGAGAGGAAUAGAAUUUUUAGACAAAUAUUACUCAUUUUUGAAAGAAAGGAGUUCUAUUGAAUCAGAAUAUGCUUAUAAACUCAAAAAACUUGUCAAAAAUCAUCAACCAAAAAAGAAAGAAGAGGAUGACAAUCAGUUCUCCACGUCAAUAGCAUUUGUUAAAAUGCUUAAAGAAAUUGUGGACAUAGCUGGUCAGCAUGAAAUUAUUUCAGAAGCAUAUUCUGGGUCCCUUAUGACUGAGAUUAUAGACUUAACUAGAGAACUUAAAGAAGAAAGAAAAAAACACCUACAUGAAGGACAAAAAAAUCAGAAUAAUCUUCAAACAUACAUCUGUCUGCUAGACAAACACAAAAAAUCAUACGAAAAAUCAUUCAAAGAAUCAGAAAAGGCAAAUGAUACAUUUGUUAAAAUAGAUGCAGAUAUCAAUUUAUCUCGAGCAGAUGUUGAAAAAGCACGUAUGCAUGCACAGCAAAAAAAUAGGACGUGUGAAGACAAUAAGACUGACUAUGCCAAUCAACUACAGAAAACAAAUGAACUGCAAAGGAUUCAUUAUAAUGACUUGAUGCCAAAUAUGUUCCAGCAACUACAAGACAUGGAAGAAAGGAGGAUAGCUUGUAUUCAAAAUGUCAUGAAAAGGACAGCAGAUGCACACAAGCAAGUUUUACCUAUAAUACAAACAUGCUUGAAUGGUAUCAUAGGUGCUGCAGAAUCUAUAAAUCCCAGAGAGGAUUCACUUUUAGUGAUAGAAAAAUACAAAUCUGGUUAUAGUCCUCCUGAUGACAUUCCGUUUGAAGACUUGAGUAACCCUCGAAAUGGCGAUCUGUCUUCUAAUACUCUAUCAUCGAACAAGAUGGAUACAUUAACUGUCAAAGGCACCUUAUCUGGAGGUAAAAAUAAGAAAAGAGGGAAAAUUUUAAACAUCUUCAGCAAUGCCAAGAAUUCUGUUGAUGAAAUGAAGGAAGAUUGCAGUGACUUGCCUCCUAAUCAGAGGAAGAAAAAAUUGCAACAAAAAAUAGAUGAACUAAAAGACAAAAUAAAAAAAGAAACACAAGCUAGAGAUGGCCUCAUGAAGAUGAAGGGAGUGUAUGAACAAAAUCCAUCAAUGGGUGAUCCAUUAUCUAUUGAGGGACAGUUGGCAGAUAAUGGUUCAAAAUUAGAAAAGUUGCAAAAUGAGCUUCAAAAGUUUCAGGGUUACAUGCUUGAAGCUGAAGGACAUGGAAGUGCUCUUAGUUUAAGUCGAGAACACAGGAGCAGUCUCUCCGAAGAUUCUCUUUCAAGAAGUGCCUCUGAUUCUAGUGUUUGUAAUCCAAAUGGCAAUGUCAACUACAAAUUGUCUGCUCCUGGUGCUUUUCAUCAAACACAUGGCCCAGAAAGUGGUAUAGGAACAAGUCAACCAAGCAUAACAGAUGGUGAUGCCGAUAGUUUCCCAGACCCAGAUUUUGAAAAUGAUUACGAAUAUAGUGAAGAAUUCGAUGCAGUUUUGGGAACAGGAAAAGCCCUUUAUCCAUUUACAGGUCAGAGUGAAGGAUCAAUUGAUGUAUGUGAAGGAGAAGAAUUUGACAUUGUGGAAUUAGACCAGGGAGAUGGUUGGACACGCAUUAGAAAAAGAAAUUUUGAAGAAGGAUUUGUCCCGACAUCUUACAUUGAAACAUAUUUAUACAACAGUUGUUGAUAAUCAUUUUGAGGUGAAGAUUGCUGUUAAAACAAACCUUGUACGAGCUUCAUCACUUUCUGACGAUUCAACAGUAUUAGAAUAAUUUAAUUAUGAACUAGCAAGAAUAGACAAUACUAUUUCAAAAGCAGCUUUGUCUGUAAAUCUUAUUCAAAAAGCAAUCAAAUGCAAAAAUGCAUGAUAUCAUUCUUAGAAUGCUUUUGGAUUUUGAAGAAGGAGUCUUUUAUUGGGACUCUGAGAGAAUAAUAAUUAUAUAAAUCUAUGCUUUUUUUAACUAUGUAAUUUAAAAUUUAAUAUUGUCAUUAGAGCCCAGAUUAUAUGCAUAGUAGAAUCAUCAAAAUAUGCUCUAAAAAUUCCUAAAAUAUGCACUAACAAUUUUUUAUUCAUACAAAUAAAAGUUUUCACAUCUAAAAAAACAGUAAUGAGCUUUCUUUUCUUGCAUCUUUUUUAGUUUUGGCAAUAAUAUGCACUAAAAAAGUAUGCCCAUUGAUAGUAUGUACAUAAAAGUGAAUGACUAGAAAAACAUCUAUUUAUCGCCCAAUUUUUGUUCUUUAGGAAGAACAACAUAGAUUUCUGUGAUCUUUCUUUUAUGAAAAAAAAUCAAAAUAUGAAUGAAAAAGACAGUAAUAUGCAGUUAUUUUGCAAAUUUGUUAUUUUCAUGCAUUAACAUCAAAAGAACCAAGAAUAUGCACGUAGACAUUUGCAUAUAAUCCAGGCUCUAAUUAUCAUACUCCCUUCUUGAGGAAAACAAUGAAAAAGUAUUAACUACUCUUAUUAUUGGCACUGUGCGCUAUAUUAGUGUUGCAGAUUGCUCAUGUGUUACUUAUGUGAUAUGUUACAUUGUUUCCAAAUGAUAUAUAGCAUUUUUAUAUUCCAAUUUCAUUGUUGCAAAAUACUAUGGUGAAAUAUUUUGUGUUUUAUUUUUUGCUCAAAGUUUUUCUUUUCACUCCACCUUGAAUAGGUGAAGAAUUUUUAAGCUUAGUAUUAUUUAGUGUAAAUAUGACAAUUGUGUAUAUUUUUUGAAUUUUUAAAUUUUAAAAUUUGUGCCUUUCAUAGAACACAAACUAACUUUUUGAUACAGCUGAAUUUUUGAAAAUGCUACUCCGAUAUUUUUAGAAAUUGAAGACCUUAUGAAAUAUAUAACUUUGGUGCCUUUGAAAUCCAUAUUUAAUCCUAUUUUAAUAGAUCAUUCCUUUUGAAGCAAAGAAAUAUGCCAUAUGUUUAUAUGAAAGUGUAUUGAGACUGUUUUUAUAUAGUUCCUGGUUGUACAUUUUGCCAGAAUUUUUAGUGCUUUUUGUAUCUUUAUAAUUAUCUAUUUAAUUUUUGCAUGCUUUUGCCAUGCUGUUUUAGCCAAAUUGAUUUUUUAUACAUUGAUGAUAAAUAAAGCUUGAUGUAUGUUACAAAA